AUGGCGAACUUCCUUUACUACCAUACCAUCCACCAUACUUUCUACCCUUACCGUCGACAGCAGCGCCUUGUCAGCAGCCUCCUUGGCUCUCUUUUCUUCUGCCAAGAGUCGAUCCUAGAACAGCUCAAUUCAGCUGAGGAUUCGCCACCUCGACUUCAUAUUGAAUCCUUCCAGAGUUCGAUAUUUCCCUGCCCAUCACCUCUCUCUCAACCUUCAGCUCCACUUUCUAACUCUCAUAUUGACACGAUGUUGCACCAACGCAGCACAUCCAGCACGUUCGUCGGGCCUAUGGGGGGUACAAGGCCGACCGUCCAUUCCGAGCACCCGCCGUCUGUCCCUCGCUUCGCUCAGCACAACCCUUACGACGGCGGUGCUGCAGAUUCUUUCUCAACAGCACGGACACCUGCCUCGUUUACCCGCAGCGCCUCUUCACGCAACACCAACAACCUCAUACCCGCAAAGCGACCCUCGUCAGGACACUCGUCGCGCCAGUCUUCUUCCGAUUCGAUUGAAUCGGUGACGACUGCCUCUUCGUUCACUCGUGCUUCUCCAUCGAGCUCCGACUUUGGCAGUGGCGAAGAGGAUGAUCUGAUCCAAGUUGUGUACACUUCAUCUGCGCGAUCGCGUCUCAUGUCCAUCGACGAGGUCAAGUCGAUCCUGCGUGCUUCUCGCGCCAACAACACCGCGAAGGGCAUCACCGGCCUCUUGCUCUACCGCGACGGCUCGUUCGCCCAGUUCCUCGAGGGACCAGCGCAUGCGGUCGACUCGCUCUACGACACGAUCGAGCGCGACCAACGUCACCACGGUGUCAUUCGUGUACUCCGACAGUCUGUCACCAAACGUGACUUUCGUCAGUGGAGCAUGGCGUUCCGCGAUCUCGACAUGCUCAAAAGGCGAUCCCCUUCGUCCUUCAAGUUCGACGAGGAUGAUGGCGAAUUGGCACCCGAAGAGGCUGUCAAUGAAGGCUUUAGCCAGCUCAUGAACGUCGGUCUUCGAGCGGGCGAUGCCUCCGACAACGAGUACCGUCCCGAUGCUAUGGGGAAUGCCAAGCUCGAUCUGCCAGCGGAUAUGUCUGCGAGCAUGCGAAGGCUCGUCACCACGUUCUACCGUCUGAUGGACAGACCUCUUUAG